AUGUCCACCGUCGAAGAAUUUCAUUUGAUGAACAUAGAUCAGAGGCUUUUAAAAGCAAUUUCGGAUCUAAGAUGGAGCGUUCCUACCGACAUCCAGCAGGCAGUUAUACCGUUAAUGCUUGAGAAGAAAAACCUCAGCGUUCAAGCCAGAACGGGAUCAGGGAAAACCGCCGCGUUUUCUAUCCCACUUAUCCAUAUGAUAUUAGAGUCAAAGUUGUUACAAGUUGAGCAAACGACAUCUGCCCUAAUAAUCUCUCCUACGAAGGAAUUGUGCGACCAGAUCACCAAGGACAUUAAAUCCUUGUGUAAGUAUGCCUCAAGAGAAGUGAGCGUUGUGGAUGUGUCACAAAGUUCUGAUGUUGAUGUAUUAAGGCCAGUGCUUAUCGAAAAGCCCGAUAUUAUUGUCGGGACACCAUUCCGUAUCCUAGCUCAGCUACACCGCAAGAGACUGCAUUUCGAAGAUCUCGCGUUUCUUGUUAUUGAUGAGGCUGAUCUAGUUCUGGCUUUUGGAUACGGCAAGGAUAUGCAGGAAUUAAAAUCUUACUUACCGAAGACAAACAUGCAGGUUGUUCUUAUGUCAGCCACCCUCGAUGAAACAACAAAGGAGCUCCGGCGUUCCAUUUACACAGGGGAGUGGGUGCGUGUCGAACUUCCCGAAGAAAACUUUUUACCUUCAGACAACCGGCUUACACAAUAUAUGAUCAGUGCCGAAGAGUCUUCAAAAUACGCUAUCUUAAUCGCGAUGAUCCGUCUAAAGCUCAUCAGGGGCAAGACGAUGAUAUUUACGAACUCCAUUGAUCGUUGUUAUAAGUUAAGAAUCUUUCUAGAGGAAUUUGGCGUCCAAACCGUCAUAUUGAACUCAGAGCUUCCUAUUGCGACGCGAUGUCAUACUGUCCAACAAUUCAACAGGGGCAUGUACGAUUAUCUUUUGGCAACCGAUGAAAAUGACUCAGCGGAUGUCGCGGAGCCCUCUAAGAAGCCUCAAAGUUGUCAUGUUAUCCUCUCUUCUAGAAACUAUUCAAAAGAUGCAGAAUAUGGAGUUUCCCGAGGCAUCGAUUUCAAGCUU